UUCAGAAACAGGAUUCAAAAGAAUGUCAAUGAGCAUAAAAUAAAACCGGUGUGCAAUUUAUAUGAAACUCGGAUUUAAAUGUUCCUAACAGAAAAAAAAGAAAGAAAAGAAGCUAUUUAAAGUAGCCCUCCCAAGGGGAGUCAACUGCUCUUCAGCGCAUCCUGAGCUAGCUGUGCCUUCUCUCCAUCCGCUGCUCAGAUAUUCAUGAAUCGUUGCUUCUUCCAGCCUCGCUUUCUCUCUCCCUCUGCCUUUCUGGCGCGGCUCUCCCUCCCUCCCUCUGGUUUCUGCUCUUUCUUACUCCUUCUCUCAGCUGCUUAACUACAGCUCCCACUGGAACUUGCACAAUCAAAAACAACUCUCCUCUCUCAAGCAGCCUCCAGGAGCGCAUCACCUGGAGAAGAGCGACUCGCUCCCCGCGCCGGCCGCCGAGGAGCAGCCAGGAGGUAAACCGGGGAAACAGAUAUGCACUAACCAGGCGGGUGCCACCCUGGAUCUGUAACUGUGAAUUCCCCACGGUGGAAAAUGGUAAACAAAGACAUGAAUGGAUUCCCAGUCAAGAAAUGCUCAGCCUUCCAAUUUUUUAAGAAGCGGGUACGAAGAUGGAUCAAGAGCCCAAUGGUCAGUGUGGACAAGCAUCAGAGUCCCAGACUGAAGUACGCUGGCUCCUCGAUGGUGCACAUCCCUCCAGAGGAGCCAGACUUUGAGCCUCCCUUGUGUCAAGCAUGCCUGGGUGAACAUGCUUUCCAAAGAGGGGUUCUCCCUCAGGAGAAGGAGUCGUGUUCAUGGGAAACCCAAUCUGGGUGUGAAGUGAGAGAACCAUGUAAUCAUGCCAACAUCCUGACCAAGCCCGAUCCAAGAACCUUCUGGACUAAUGAUGAUUCAGCUUUCAUGAAGCAAAGGAGGAUGGGCCUGAACGACUUUAUUCAGAAGAUUGCCAAUAACUCCUAUGCAUGCAAACACCCUGAAGUUCAGUCCAUCUUGAAAAUCUCCCAACCUCAGGAGCCUGAGCUUAUGAAUGCCAACCCUUCUCCUCCACCAAGUCCUUCUCAGCAAAUCAACCUUGGCCCAUCGUCCAAUCCUCAUGCUAAACCAUCUGACUUUCACUUCUUGAAAGUGAUUGGGAAGGGCAGUUUUGGAAAGGUUCUUCUAGCAAGACACAAGGCAGAAGAAGUGUUCUAUGCAGUCAAAGUUUUACAGAAGAAAGCAAUCCUGAAAAAGAAAGAGGAGAAGCAUAUUAUGUCGGAGCGGAAUGUUCUGCUGAAGAAUGUGAAACACCCUUUCCUGGUGGGCCUUCACUUCUCUUUCCAGACUGCUGACAAAUUGUACUUUGUCCUAGACUACAUUAAUGGUGGAGAGUUGUUCUACCAUCUCCAGAGGGAACGCUGCUUCCUGGAACCACGGGCUCGUUUCUAUGCUGCUGAAAUAGCCAGUGCCUUGGGCUACCUGCACUCACUGAACAUCGUUUAUAGAGACUUAAAACCAGAGAAUAUUUUGCUAGAUUCACAGGGACACAUUGUCCUUACCGACUUCGGACUCUGCAAGGAGAACAUUGAACACAACAGCACGACAUCCACCUUCUGUGGCACGCCGGAGUAUCUCGCACCUGAGGUGCUUCAUAAGCAGCCUUAUGACAGGACCGUGGACUGGUGGUGCCUGGGAGCCGUCUUGUAUGAGAUGCUGUAUGGCCUGCCUCCUUUUUAUAGCCGAAACACAGCUGAAAUGUACGACAACAUUCUGAACAAGCCCCUCCAGUUGAAACCAAAUAUUACAAAUUCCGCAAGACACCUCCUGGAGGGCCUCCUGCAGAAGGACAGGACGAAGCGGCUGGGAGCCAAGGAUGACUUUAUGGAGAUUAAGAGUCAUGUCUUCUUCUCGCUAAUUAACUGGGAUGAUCUCAUUAAUAAGAAGAUUACUCCCCCUUUUAACCCAAAUGUGAGUGGGCCCAAUGACCUGCGGCACUUUGACCCUGAGUUUACCGAAGAGCCUGUCCCCAAUUCCAUCGGCAAGUCCCCCGACAGCAUCCUCGUCACAGCCAGCGUCAAGGAAGCUGCUGAGGCUUUCCUAGGCUUUUCCUACGCGCCUCCCACGGACUCUUUCCUCUGAACGCUGUUAGGGCUUGGUUUUAAAGGGUUUUAUGUGUGUUUCUGAAUGUUUUAGUUAGCCUUUUGGUGGAGCCGCCAGCUGACAGGACAUGUUACAAGAGAAUUUGCACAUCUCUGGAAGCUUAGCAAUCUUAUUGCACACUGUUCGCUGGAAGCUUUUUGAAGAGCACAUCCUCCUCAGUGAGCUCAUGAGGUUUUCAUUUUUAUUCUUCCUUCCAACGUGGUGCUAUCUCUGAAACGAGCAUUAGAGUGCCGCCUUAGACAGAGGCAGGAGUUUCGUUAGAAGGCGGACGCUGUUCUAAGAGAGGUCUCCUGCAGGUCUCUCUAGGCUGUGAUGAUGAAUAUUAUGAAAUGUGCCUUUUUUGAAGAGAUUGUGUUAGCUCCAAAGCUUUUCCUAUCGCAGAGUGUUUCAGUUCUUUAUUUUCCCUUGUGGCUAUGCUGUGUGAACAGUUGUGUGAGUGUGGUAUGCCUGAUCACAGAUGGAUUUUGUUAUAAGCAUCAAUGUGACACUUGCAGGACACUACAACGUGGGACAUUGUUUGUUUCUUCCAUAUUUGGAAGAUAAAUUUAUGUGUAGACUUUUUUGUAAGAUAUGGUUAAUAAUUAAAAUUUAUUGAAAUGGUCUUGCAAUGACUCAUUCAGAUGCUUAAAGAAAGCAUUGCUGCUACAAAUAUUUCUAUUUUUAGAAAGGGUUUUUAUGGACCAAUGCCCCAGUUGUCAGUCAGAGCCGUUGGUGUUUUUCAUUGUUUAAAAUGUCACCUGUAAAAUGGGCAUUAUUUAUGGUUUUUUUUUUUUUUUUUUGCAUUCCUGAUAAUUGUAUGUAUUGUAUAAAGAAAGUCUGUACAUUGGGUUAUAACACUAGUAUAUUUAAACUUACAGGCUUAUUUGUAAUGUAAACCACCAUUUUAAUGUACUGUAAUUAACAUGGCUAUAAUAUGUACAAUCCUUCCCUCCUCCCAUCACACAACUUUUUUUGUGUGUGAUAAACUGAUUUUGGUUUGCAAUAAAACCUUGAAAAAUAUUUACAUA